AUGGACAACGGCAAUUCCUAUUCGUACGACGACGAUCUCAGUUAUCAGUAUGAAGACGAGUACAAACGAGGUAUUACGCCCAUUAAUAUUUAUUUACUUAUACUCGCCAGCGUGUCGAUUAUUGUUGUCUAUUAAAAACAUCUGCCAAUUCUAUUAUUGGCCGCGGCGGCGGGGUUAUUAUAAAAAAAAGCGGUUAUGGCUGAUAAGAGUUUUACAGUUGAAAUAACCCGUGCGUUUUUGUCUGAUUUGAUAUUCGAUAUUAUACAGCUAAGGGCGCCCGCAGUAAUAUAAACCGGGAGGGGGGGAAGCAAACGAUAUGUCAUUGCUUACGAAAACAACGAUUCUGAGCGGAGUUCAGUUUAUAGUGGUGCUUUGUCGACAAUAUAUAAUAUGGCAUAUAAAAAUGCCGUAAUAUUUUUUUUUUAUUAUUAUUAUUAUUUUUUUUUCUAACAUACCUACAUUUUGUACAUUUCCCGUUUUUCCUUCGUUUUUUUUUCGGUUUUUCACAUUUGACGAGAAAACUUCUCCUAAUCGAAAAAUUACCUCUCUAAAGUACCUCCCCAACAAGAUUUCCUUUCAGAAAAGAUGCUGCACUUAAUAUUUCGGAGCAAGAUCUCUGGUAGAAAAGUUGUCCACAGAAAAAAAAAACAUCAUUGUACAACCAUAAGCUUCUUCGCUCUACUCAGAAUCUAAUCUUAGACGUAAUAUUGGGCCAGUAAAUAUGUAAAUGGACCGCAUAGAAGUGAAAAUCUCGAUAGGCCGGUACACAUCGAUUCGGCCCUGGGCAUGGCCCCCACCGGCCCACCCCUGCGGGUGCCCUUAUAUACAGCCGGUGCGGAAUAUUACAAUAAUAAACCGGGUUCCCGAUAUCGUUGUCGAUUUGAAAUAAUCUUGACCGUCUCCGCCGUUGCGAAGGGGUUUUCGUUACGGCCAGGGACGUCACGAUUAAAAUUUUGGCGGAUGUGCGCGAGUCGGUAAGAAGAACGUCAACAAUAUAGGUGUUUGGUAAUAAUCAGUAUCAAUAACAAACGGAUUAAUUCCAGUGAUAAUUCAAAAUAAUCUUGUUAAUACGUAAAACACUGCUAUGAAAAUAGUCAUAACCACCAUCUAGGUACCUGUUUUAUAUACAAGCAGGAUGAUCACUUUGUUCGCCGUACUCCUACGCCCUCCCAUACACAUUUGUUAUUACUUUUUUAUCAACGUUUUUUGCUAUUGAAAAUCGUGAAGUUUUGAUUAUUUCAUAAUAAUUAUUUUAUACUAAAAACUAACUUUUCGACUAAUACAAGUAUAUUGUUAUAUUGUUAUAAUAUUUUUUAAUAAACAUUGUUCACACAUUUGUUAAACCUCAAACAUUUAUAAAACGCUAUUACUGUUGCCUUCGUCACAUAAUACAUAUUAUAUAUCUACACGGGAGAAAAAUUAUAUCCAUUAACACAACCACCACCACCACGACAAGAAUAUGGUUAGGUUCUUGGCUAAAUCUGAACCCCUUGUUCAGCACCACUUAUUAAUUCUAUUUAAUCGACUAUCAAGUAUUUUGUAUAUAAAUGUAUUGAUAAAUCGUUUAUGUAAAGUGUUUUUCAAGAGAUAAAACUUUGUUCCGUCAAUUACCAUUGAAUUUCAAAUAAAAAUUUUAGACAGGCCAUUGACAUUAAAACUGGCAAUAUAAUUUGACAUCACUAGACGCGUGACGUGGACGUCGUAUUUAAACCGGAUUAAGAACUAGGCUAAAGCAUUUGCCAACUUGAGAUCGUUGGUGUAAAAAAAUAAUAGGAACCUACGCAUAUAAGUAGAGGUAACUAAUUGUUUUCCAUGAAUUGACUAGGUGCAUUUGUCCAGGUGGACAACAAUAAAAAAUAAAAUACAAGGCUAAAAGUGCUUAAGUAAAUAUUGUGCAUCAUCGUUUGUAAAUGUUCACCCCACCUCAUUAGUCUUAGUAGUCGUGUGACGUCAAAAUUUAAUGAAAAGUCGUGUCGGUCGAUACAUUAUACGUGUACAAUAUUUGCAUAUUACAUAUCUAUACCGAUGUAUACCUAAAAAUAAUUUAGCGUAAUGAGUAUUUUUACAUUCGAUCGAUUUAGUAUAUUUCAUAGGUAAAAUGUGUCUUGAUAUGCUUAGGGCCGGAAUGGCCCAGUGGUCUACUGUCUUAGAGGACAAUGGACCGCUGUUCUUGGUUGGGUUGUGAGCCAGUGCCUGGUUUAACGGUACGGUUAUAAUAGGUAAGACGUAAUAGGAGACGAUGAGACAGCCGUGAGUAUAUUCGCAUUUAAGUAUUAAAAAUAAAUUGAAACGUAUGAUUUUAAAACGGUUUGGGUUUAGUAAACUGGCGCGGAAAGUUCGUUGAUAAUCUGCACGUAAAAACAAUAAUCUUUAAUAAUGUAUAAAAACUUUUUAUAUUAAAAGAAAAGUACGAAGAAUCCCGGGACUUUGUUCUCUCCCGCCAUAUAGGUACAAGGUCAUUUAACAAGUUUAUGUAUAUUGUUUUAGCCGCUAUAUCUGGGAUAUGUUUUGUCCGAAUCUCACAAACUGCUUAAAUAUUGUGACUUAGAUAUUAAUACUAUUAUUAUUAUUAGCAAAUUUUACUAUCCAUUUGUAAUAAUAUGAUAAGGUACCCGUUUCUCGCGUCUUUAUAAUAGGUAUAUUAUUCCAGAUUCUGUUGUACAAUAAUACAGUUUGCGAUAACGCUCAAGCAAAAAUAUUAUAAUAUUCGUAUGAAUGGCAAUGGGGCGUUAUGUACUCGUAUAUAAUACGGACUAUAUGAUUAGGUAUAGGUAUAUACACGUUCCUGCACCUACUCAUUCUCAGACAACUCGAGACGUGGAAAUUGAAAUACAUUUUCAAGAAUUAAAAAAAUAAAUAUAGCUUUUACACGUACACCGCCGCCAGAUUUGUCGGUGUAUACAUAAUGUAAUAACAUAUAUAUAUAAAUAAUUUUACGUAAAUAGCUACGAACAAGCUUUAUAUAUACCUACCAUACUUGAAAAUGAAAAAAGAAAUCGUAUACACUUUUCGAAUUGCAUUAGCUUAUACUCGUGUUUGUAUAUUUACCAGUACCUACAUAAACAACUUGUAUAUAAACCUAUUCAAACAAAAUAUAAGUUGUACAAAGUUCUGAGAAAAACACUUUCGGAACUAAACACAGAACCUAUACUACGCAUACAUAUAUGUAUACUGUAUAGCGUAUAUAUUCUAUAUUUGCAUAUGGUAAAAACGUUAUGCAUUUGAGACUUAAAUAGGUUCAAUUUGAAAUAAUGUUAUUCAAAUUGAACAUUUUUAUGUUCAAUAUAUAGUAUUUGGUGGAUGUUAAAAGAUUAGGGUUUUAAAUUGUAACCUCCAACUUUAAUCGAUUUCGAAUCUAUAUUAAAAUAUAACCUAGUGCGCGUGCAUAUUAUGAAACUAGGAUUAAAGAGAAUAUAAAACAUAAAAUUAAAUUGCAGGAAAAGUAGCGCCGAACGUGUUCCUCGGGUGAUUUAAUUAAAAAGCGUAUACUAACAAUAAUGCCUAGAUAUAGGUACCUAUUUUAUCAUUGGGUACAAGAUAAAUUUAGUUAUUAAUUAUACUUAUAGUGAGUUUUAGAUAAAUUUAUUAGUACAAAUAAAAUUAGAAAACAAUAAUAACUAGUGUAGUAUGCAAAUAUAAAAUUCAGAUUAUUCGGCAAUUCAAUAAUUAUUUAAUAUUUUAAAGUCUACAAAACUAAUUUCUUCGUUUUUUUUUUCUUUUUAUAUCCUACCUGAUUAUCAUUACUAUACAUUAUAAGUUAAUGUAUUAUCGUUGCAAAGCGACUGCUACUACGUAAAAGGUAGAUUUCGUAGAUAUUCCCUAUUUUUAUCAAUUUUUAAUUAAUAAUACCAACUGAUACUGAAUAUUUUGUUUUCAACGUCGCCCACGAAAAAGGUCGUAUCUCGUCUAUUCGUCCGAAGAAAUUAGUAAUAAUUUAUUUAAAUAAUAUACAGAAAUCUUGGUUUCCAUUAAUACAUAUACAGAUACGACGAAUAGACUAUCCACGAAAGUAAUUAUUCACCGAAAAAGGUUGCAAGUCAAUACUGACUGUAAUACUUUAAAUACAAAAGACAUUUUUCGUCGGCAGAUAUGCGUAAUACUUUUUUUUUAAAGAAAUAACUCUUGAAAAUACUUUUUUUUUCUGAAAAAUUAAAUUAAAUAUUAUUAUUAGAGAAGUCCUAUAUUCUAAAAAUAUUCUAAUUUCUAUACAUUAAUGUUAAAAAACAGAAUAAGAAAUUAAAUUAGAAUGUUUAUUUUAUUUACCCUAAAAGUUGGAAAAAGUGUCAUGCUGCAGGACAACCUUUUUCGUUGCGGCUUGCGAUGUAUUAUUUUUACUAUCAUUAUUUUGUAAAAGGACAAAACAUGGAUAAAAAAAAAUUUUCGAAAUAAGCAAAUUUUAAUCAUGUCCCAUUUUUUGUUAGUACUUUCAGCUCCGAUGUAAAAUUUUUGAAAUUGAAUAUGUAAAGAAUACGUCCAAGUACUUAGAAUAAAUUAAGCUUACAUAUUGAUAAUUUAAUAUACAAAUGUAUAUGUAUAAGUAUGUCUUAAUAUUUACAUACAUAUACACAGAUGUGCAUUUGAAAUAUUAAAGUAUGUCAAAUAUUAUACCUAAUAUUAUAAUCUCUUUAACGAUACGUAUGUAGGCGCAUUUACUAAUUUACCUACUCUUGCGUCAUAACAUGUUAAGCUAACAUUAUAUUAAAUUAUAUAAAAGCGUACGCACGGGGGAAGCAGGGACACUGCCUCCGCUUCCUCUGCGAGAUUUUUCCGCCAACAAAAUGUUUUUAAAAAUAUUAUAUUAUAAUAAAAUAUUAUCAAUAUUUUAUAUUAGAUAUAAUUUUUUUAAAACUUUGAACCCUAUAACUACGUCAGAAGACGUAUGGAACUUUAAUCUAAUGUAUUUUAUAAAAGCAUUUAGGAUUUUUAGAGGCAUUCAUUAUCAUUCAUGUUGUCUUCGAUUUUUUAUUAUUAUUUGAAUACUAUACAGUCGUACUGCCGUAGUAUAAUAAUAUAUGCAGUUAUUUGAGUGUAAUUUUUUUUUUCAUUAUUAUCGAAACGGACUUAUUGAAAACGGUUGAGGUAUUUUUGUAUUUUUAACCUAACCGUAUAGAUCAUAAACUUUUUUAAGAAAAUUAAAGAAACAAAAAUCUGUAUUUUAAUAAUACAUAUGAAUCGAUGAUUGCAGAAACUUCUCAAGUUUAUUAUUAAAAACUUUUGGAUAACUUAUAAAAGAUGUGUAGUAUAAAUAAUUUUUAAACUAGUGACUAGUGAUGUCUGCAAUCAUUAAUUAUACAUUUUACGUAUAAUUUAACAGGUAAAUGUCCAUGUUGUCCUCGAUUUUGUCUAAGGAUUGAUUUUAAUGGUCACUGUCUUGCUUGUUAAGAGGAACUGCGCACCGUAAUGUUAAAUUAUUUACAUAAACAUAAUAAUAUAGGUACCUAAUACGUUGGUGAAUUACCUAUAUAGUUGCAUAAAUUAUUAUCAAUAAAUCAUUAUUAAUUAGUAAUCUAUAUAAAAGCCGCGUACCUACAAGAGCCAUCCGCAGCGUUAUCAUAUUAUCAUUAUUAUUGUGUACCUAUACCUACGUUUCGUAAUACUGCAAUAUUAUAUUUUAUCUUCCGGCUAUAAUAAUAGUGAAAUAUGGAGAGUAAAAUAUGUCUAAAAUAAUUUACAGUUUUAUUCCCAAGUGAAUAAAUAAGAUAGGAUACGUAUAGUUUUCUCAAUUCAUUAUCACGCGGUGAGCUGUGACCGAAUCUCUGAGUCUCGUAACAUUUUGAAUAAUAAACUAUCCGUAAAAGGUAUAAUAUACAAACAUCAUUUCAUAAAAUAUAAUGCACUGGAAUUCGGAGGUACAUUAUAACCCAAGCGUUGUUCUAACGGACAGUAGCCAGUAGGACUCAAAUUGGGUAGUUAGAAAUUUCAAAAGUGCUGAUGGCUCCACAAAUUUAAGCCUAUUAGAUGUUUGUUAGCUAUUGUGGACCCUACUUUUGUUUAUUAGUAUAUACUUUUCAUCAACGUUAAAUUCUUUAUUAUUUGUAAAUAUGUUAUUCGUUCUUUACGUUUCUGUAUUUUUAAUGUAUUUGUUCAAAAAGCAUAGUCUGUAUAAAUUAAUAAAUAAAUAAAUAUGUGAAAAAAACACAUGAAUAGCAGAACUCUAUUACUAGAGUCGAAUUUUCUCCUCUCUGACUUAUUCCCGUUACAAUAUUUCAUAUGAUUAUUUUUAUAAUGAAUGAUAAGAAAUUAAACAUAAAAAGUUCUGUCAAAAUAGGUAAGGUGGUUUUCGAGAUUUUUACUAACGAAUACACACUAUAGACGGUGGGGUUGGGAUUAGAAGUUCUAACCUUCCAAAUACACAUCCUCGACAACAACUCUAUUUGCAUCAACUUAAACACAUUUUAACCAAGUUACUUACUUUCAUGAAUCUUUGAGGAAAUUUAAAACCCAGUGUUUCCAGUGAAAUAUGAAAUCUGUGCAUAAAAAUGGUUGAGGAGUGUGUUGAAAGUUGAAACCACCAAAGGCACAUUAUUGAUAAUUACACUGUGCAUAUACAACAUUUCACCCCCUGACUUCAUUUUGGGAAUCUUUAGAGGUUUACAAAGCUAAAGAAAUGGUGAAUUUAAUAUCUAAAUUCUGUCAAAAUGUUAUCUCUUCAAUCUUCCAAUAAAACAGCUCUGAUAUCCAAGUAUGGACUCAAAUAAGAAAGAAGAUAGAAAUAACUAAUAAAAUGAUCCAAAAGUACCGAGAAAAAGAUAUAUAUACAUAUAAAUAUAAUAGACACAAUAUAAUUUUCAAUAUUUGUGACUUGUGCACUUACUCAUAUUUACUCAUGUCUCAUCGUAUAUAGUCUUAACAUAUUUCUGAUUAAUGAAAGCCAAUCGUUUGCGAAUAAACAAUGUUAUAUAAACUGACUAUCACAUUUUAUUGUUAUAAAAGUGAAAUCUUAUAAUAACGAAAAAAAACAUGUUUAAUGUAACACAAAAAUAACUAAUAACUUUAUUUCAUUAAAAGAAACAUUUCAUAUCUAAGCGAUAAUGACAAUUACGAAAACCGCAUGGUUUAUAUCUAAAUCAAGAAAAUGGAUUUCCAGUUAUUUUAAAAUGCUAAAAAUAAUCGAUCAAAUCAAAUAGGUAGUUUAAGAAGAAAAGGUUUUCAAAAGACCAUGUUCAACAUUUGCAUUAAGUACAAAUUCAUAGGCGUGUCUACGGUGGCAGUCUAGGGUGCUUGGUCUGCUCCUGCAAUUUUCAAAAGACAUCGGUCAACCAAAUUGUAUAACUAGUGGCUUACAACUUUCAUUAAAAAAAAUUUCUUAUGCAUUGUUUAUAACAAAAUAUUAUUUUCUAUCUGUCUAUCAUUUUUAUUAUUCUAUAAACUAACACAUCAUAUAUUUUUGUAAUUACUUAACUAUAUAGCGGUGUAAUCCUGGCUUGAAUAAUAUUUCUGUAGUUAAAUUUAAAGGUACUAAAAAUAUUGUACACUUUAUUUGUAAAUAGAUAUUACAGACUUUUUAAAAUUAUAUAAAUAUUUAAUUAGGGGGACUAACCUUUCCCCUCUAUUUAAAGAGGAUUUUUUUGGUUCAUUAAGUGGCACCAGUCAUUAGCUAGGCUGCCGCUGAGGAUAAAGUCUAGUCACGUCUAUGUACGAUACAGACAUAUAUUUAUAUUUAUAUACAGUUCACACUAACAGGUACCACUAAAUAUUUCAGUUGGAUGAUCUUGUAUUGAAAUGGGGUUUUUGGAGAAUGAUAGGUAAUAUCGAAAUACACAUUUUCAAACAAAUUUCAAAUUUUUAACCUUUUCGGACGCACAUGUGUAAUACAAUUUACUUUUUUUUAAAUGACGAUACCAUUUUUUCAUUUAUCCAGACAGGAACUUUGAACAAUUUAUAAGAUAAAACAGUAGUUGCAAGUAUAUAAAUCUUAAUUUCAAACUCGUAGUGUGUACAUUUUUAUAAUUUUUACUACAUUUAUUUCGGAAGUAUGAAUGGCAAAAAUGAGAGUAAAUUACGAAAACAAACAGAGACGCCGAAAGCUGGUUUUUCCUAUGACAAAUGUCCUGGGUAAAUAAGUGGGUAGAUCGGUUUGUAGGUGGGUAUAAUGUGAAGAAAAAUAGGGACCUCAAUUUUACUAUAAAUAUUUUACUAUAUUAAGUUAUAAUAAUCACUGAUCUAUAUUGUUUAGAAGAGGAUAAUUUUUGUUAGUGGAUGGGACGUGGAUCGUGGAUGGGUGGGUGUAGUGACUCAAAAUAAAAUUGUCAUUGAUGUUUCAAAAUACAUCAGCGCCCAUGAAAACAAAUACGAGUUUAUUUGUGUUUUAUCUGUCGACAGACAAGUAUUUCUCAAUAUCGGAGAUAUUUCGAUUUUCAAGGUAUAAGUUGAACAUACUUAAUUUUAUCAAAACCAGAUUAUUCGUUUUUUUUUUUUUUUUUUUUUUUUUUUUUUUAAAAAAANAAUAAAAACAUGAUGAAAUGAAGAGAGGAGUCACCCAGUGGUAACACUGCCCUAACUUGAUGCAGAUUAUUCGUAAAUAUUAAAUUUCAGCAUACUGUAACAUUGCUAAUUUUGUAACUAGAAAAAAUUUUUCAUACAAAAAUUGUUUAAAAAAAUUAUCGAUCCGAAUCUGUUGAAAAAAAAUUGUAUUGCCAUUUAAAAAAAAGUAAGUUGUAUUACGCAUACGUGUACCGACAGAAUUAAAAUUUGAAAUUUAUCUGAAAAUGUCUAAUUCAGUACUCCCUAUCAUUCCCCGAAAACUCCAUUUCAAUACUAGGUCAUCCAACUGAAAUAUAUUAAGUGGUACCAUUUUGCGUGAACGUACUCAUAUCAUAAUAAUUAUAAUGUAUAGAUUAUGGGUUUUGAUUAUCGGUUGUGUGAUACAACAUACAAAUAUAUUUGAAUUAUAAAUAAUUAAUGUAAAAACCUUGUGGAAUAAUUUUGGACCUAAUUUGUACUUAUACAUUACUAUAUAAAUAUUAUUAUAUUUAUUAAUUAUUUAAUUUAUUUAUUAUUUAUUAUUUAUUCAUACCUAAUAAAUCUCCAGCAAUUUUAAUUUCAUCAUUCUAAAUCAAAUAUAAGAACUUUAUUACGUGUACCUAUAUUCGUUAAAAAAAAUUACUCUUGCCCAGUACUCAUAGUUAAAUCAUUACAUUAUCUACAGCUAUACUAUACAGGUCAAGGACGGAUCCAGAGUGGUCCUAGGGACCCAGCCCCCCCCCCAGACUUAUUAUUACUCCAAUUUUGGAUUCUGAGUGGAACGAAGUUUUAUAAAGAUGUUAGUUUUUUUUUUCUGUGCACAAUUUUGCUACCAGAAGACUUGCUCGGAUUUCUACGUGUCGCGCCUUUUCUGAAGAGAAAUUGGCGUGGGGAGGUACUUUCAGUAGGUCAAUUUUCAAUUUUCUCAAGACUUUUCUCUUCAAAUGAGAAAAACAAAAAAUAAACGGGAAAAUAUAAGAAAUAUAGGUAUUAGUUAAAAUAUAUUACGGCCUUCUUUUUUCCUGUGCACAACUUUCCUACCAGCAAUUUUCCUCCGAAAUUUAAUAAUAGCAAUAUUUCUAAAAGAAAAUUUCACUAGCGAGGUACUUUAAAGAGGUCAUUUCCCAAUAGUUUUUCCAGUAAAUUUGAAAAACCGGGAAAAAACAUGGAAAAACGUAGGAAAACUGGGAAAAUCGGUACAAUAAACAAAUAUUAUUAAAGAAAAUAUACAGAGCCUAUUUAAUUAAUUUACUAUAAUAUAUAGCCUAUAUAUAUAUAUAUAUAUAUUGUUGAUAAAGUAUUACUAUCAACUAAACUUCACUCAGAAUCGUUUUACCGUAGUAAACAAUGGUUUAUCGUUGCUUUAUUAUGUUUGUAUUGUAAAAAAAUUAUUCCCCCCCCCACCAGAUUAUUGCUUUGGAUCCAUACCUGAUAUAGGUACUAUAUGGCAGUACCUAGUUAUAUACAAUAUUUUAACAAUGUGAUUUUUUAACCUGAAUUAUAUACUUCUAUAAUAUUGACUGUCAGUAUAAUUAGUAUUCAUUACAAUGCUAUGAUAUAAUAUAACUAUCAUUUAGCUUAACCAGAACGAAACUUUGGAGAAUUUUAAUUUUGCAAUUUUCUCAUUAUUCUCGAUCGCUUAUAAAUAAAAAGUCUAUUUUCCUGAAUAUAGAACAUAAAUAUACAAAUAAUAAUAUUAAAUAGGUACUUAAAAUAUAGUCGUGGAGAUAUUUCGAGAAGAGAUAUAACGACUCCCUUGACUAUUUUACUAUCUCUAAGGAUUUUAAAUCAAACGGUGGUUAAAAAUUGACAUGGACAAUUUUUUCAGACGAAAAAGAAUAAUAUCAUUUCUUACCUAUAUCAAUAUACUAUUACUGCUGCUUCAGACGAUAAAAAUUUUUGAAACUUUAUAGUACUAUAAUAAAAUUGUACAAUACUAUUAUUGUCGAAAUUGCUUAUCAUUGCCAUAGAAUAAAAAAUAAGUAUAUGUAUAAAUGAAAUAGCAAACGAUUGUAAUACGUCGUGUAUUGUGUUAUAUGAGUUCUAGAAGGUGUAUAGUUACUUGUAAGACAGUUAAAAUUUAAAUAUACAUCAGGCUUUACUUUAAUGGGAACGUAAUACUCAAUUUAGGUACCCAAAAUCUCAAAAGUGCAUUUAGCUCCACGAAUUCGGGCAUCUAUACACACAUCGCACGUAUAUAAUAUAUUCAAAAGUUCAUGAGCCGUCUUUAAGAAUAAGUCUUUAUGAAUAUUUUCAACUGGAUUUUAACUAAAUUACAACAAGAAAAUAAAAGCAUUAUUUUCGUAAAUUUUCCCGUUCUUUCCAUGUUUUUUUUUUGUUUUGCUCAAUUAUUAAAACAAUCUAUUAAGAAAAUUAAAAAAUGACUUAUUUACACACCAACUAGAUUAAAAAUGCAACAAAAAAGGUCUCUUGUUAUUUUUCAAUGGGAGCAAUAUUUAUGGUAGAAACAUCGUGCGUAAAAAUUUAAAAAAUUUAAAUAUUGCGUAAAAUAUUGAAAUUAUAACGACGUAAAUUUGUUAGUUUUCAUUUUUCGUCUUUUUCUGAUUUUAUCAACUAUCAUAAAAAUUAUUUGGAAAAUUAAAAACCGACUUUCUUUGUGAGCACUUAGAUCCAAAAUGCAACAAAAAAGGUCUUUUGUUGGUUUUCUAUUGGUGCAGUUUUUCUGAAAGAAAACAGUUUGCAAAAAUUAAAAACAAUAAAAUCAGUAACGCCGCGGUGCGCCUUAAAUAUUUGACAUUUUACCUAUAAUUUUCUUUAGGUUUUUUCAAUUAUUUUGAAAACCCCUUAGAAAAUCAAAAAAUAACAUCUUUAAUGCACUUACUAGAGAAAAUUACCUUUCAGAAUUGGUACUACACUCUGUAUAUCGGAGUAAGAUUUCUUUUCAAAAAUUAUUUAUAGACAAAAAAAACACACAUUAUAGUAAAACCAAUAGAUCUCUCGGUACGUUUCAAAUCUAAAAUACACAUCAUUAUUAACCAAUAAAUAAAUACAAUCCCUAUUAGUAGACUUUUUUUUGAAAUCGAAAAAGUUUUUAUACUCCUUAUUUUUUAGCGGAGUCUUUUGGCUUUUGACUGGUAGAAAUGAAGUGCUUAGAAAAAGGAAUAUAAUACAUAACAAGUAAUAUUAUACCGAGUCAAUUUUUACCCGGUAUCUAUCGUGUGGAAAUUGCAACUUACAUAAUAUUAUAGGUAUAUCUAUUACCUACGAACAUACAGUACAGCAUUUAUUUUUAGUAUCGUAAUAACUAACGUAUAAUAUACCUAUUAAAUAAUUACUAACCUAUUAUUAAUUAAAUAGAAAUAGUUGCAUUAUAACAGCCAUAAAGCCCUAAAAAAAUAGGUCAGUUCAAGUAUGAGUAUCGGAGUAUACGUUUAUCUUUAUUCUAAAUGUCGUCGAAAACCAAAUGAUUUGUAAUAUUGUAAUAAUAUUCGCCUUUUGUGUAUGUAUGCAUAUCAUCCGCGUGUGUGUGAUUACUGUGCCAUAUAAUUAUUUAUUAUAUUAGCACGGAGUUAAAAUACAAUCCGGUUGAUUUUUAUGAUCAAUUUUUUUUACAUAUUAUAAGGGUUCCUUGAUGGGCAUAAUGUGUCAUAUUUCUUAAGAAAAAAAAAAUUUUAAUAGAAAUCAAUUAAUAGAAAAAGGUAUUAACGUCAGUGUACUGCGAAAUAUAAUUUGGUUUAAGUAAUUACAAUAAUAUUCUCAAAACAUUUUAAAUUUACGUUUUAUAAAUAACUAGGGUUCCCAUACUGCUUUACCCAUGUCAGUAAUGAACGAAAAGAAGCAUAAAAAACAUUAAAAGCCUAAGAAAAUGUGAUAACAAAAUGGGAUGAUGGAAACAGGUGUAGCUACUGUUACAGGUGAGAAGUUGAAAAGGUAGUAGAAGAGAAAUUUAAAGUAUAUCUGUAAGCAACGAUAAACCAUUUUUAACAAAAAUACAAUUCUGAAAGGAGUUCGGUUGAUAGUGUUGCUUUGUCAACAAUAUAUUUUUCAUAUUGUGGUAAAAUAAUUAAAUAGGCUCUGUAUAUUUUCUAUAAUAACAUUGGUUUAAUAUUGUACCUAUUUUCACUUUUUCCCGAUUUUUUCCAUUUGUUGGGAAAAUUCCUGGUAAAAUCAAAAAAUUACCUUUCUAAAGUACCUCCCCAAUCCGAUUUCCUUUCAUAAAAAGUGCUAUCAUUGCAAUGAUUUUAUUUUUCAUUAAAAUACUUUUUGUCUCUUAUAUACCGUAUUACAUAUUAUUAUAUAUUUCAAAGAUUUUAUAUAAUAUGUGUACCUAUGUAUUAAUACAUUUUAAUAUAAACAUAUAUUUAAAAUGUUAUACAGUAUACACUUAAACUUUAUCCUUUAUAUUUUCUAUAGUUUUUUUUUAAAUGCCAUUUAAUCUGAAAUUACCAAUAAAAUUCAUAGUUACAAAAACUAUUAAUGCGUAUAUACUCGUAUUGCGCAAAAUAUCGUAUGAACAAUAAACAUAUACGGCACGCGGCGACCAUUGAAUUGGCUCCUUGAAUCCAACCCCAAGAAACUGUAUUGAAUUCUCUCUAUAAUAUUUUAUCAACAAAUGGUUCUCAAAAUAUUUUUAAAAUGAAAGUUGAAAAACAAACGAACAUACUUCACACGAUGGGUGGGCCACUGUUGUAGGUGAGAAGUUGAGAAGAUAGAGGGCAUAUUUAAUGUAUAUCUGUUCGCAACGAUUAACCAAUUGCUAACGAAAAACAAUUUUGAGCAUAGUUCGGUAGUACAUGUUUUGAAAGGCUGUAAUAUUUACGAUUUUAAAAUAAAACAUUUCGUAAUUUUUUCCGUUUUUCCAAAGUUUUUCUCAGAUUUUCCCAUUAAUUAUGAAAACCUCUGGGAAAAUCAAAAAAUAACCUCCCAAAAGUAUCACUCUAAUAAAAAUUCCUUUCAGAAAAACUUCUACACUUGAAAAUCGGGACAAUAUUUUUGGUAGAAAGGUUGUUCACGGAACAAAAAAGAUAUGGAGCCAAUUCAAUUUGUUGCACCGAACGCAAAUCACAUUUUAAACUCUAGGUGGAACAAGCAUUGGUUUUACAAUGCUGUUUAUUUUUUAUUUUUUUAUUUUAACACUUUUUCUACCAAAAAUCAUACUCCGAUUAUUAAGUAUAGCAUCUUUUCUGAAAGAAAAUUUUCUCUGGGUUGUAUUUUAGGAAGGUCAUUUUUUGAAAUUCUCAUUAAUAUUUGAGAUAAUGAAGUAAACCUUGGGCUUUAGGUUGGAAAAAAAAUAAAAGAUUAAAAAUAAGGUUGGCAUUAGCAACUGUUUUUAUUUAUUUAUUGUUAUUAUUAGGAUUUUACUAUUUUAAUCUUUUUUAAACAAUUAUUGUUUUCAUGAAAACGCACAUUGUUGUAAUCAUUUUACCAUACUAUGACAUAUACCAUAUAUUGUAUUAUUGACAAAUCAACACUAUCAACUGAACUCUGCUCAGAAUCUUUUUUUUUUAUUAGCAAUGGUUUAUCGUUGUUUACAGAUAUACAUUAAAUUCUCGUUUAUAUCCUACCUUUCCAGUUUCCCACCUAUAACAGUGGCUGCAUCUACGUAUGAAGUAUGUCCGUCCUUUUUAAACUUGUCUUAAAUAUGAAUUAACAAAUUAAAAUUCUAUUUGUAUAUAUACCAGAAUAUACGUCACUUUAGAAAUUUUGAUAAUAGGACAUAAGUCGAGGUGGAUCCAAGACAAGACAACGAGAGACAGGAGAGGUUAAUUUUGGAAAUCCAGAUUUAUGGUGAAAAAUUAAGCUAUAGGAUAUUGGGAGUAACCACGGGAGAAGGGGGAGGGGCGAUCGCCCCAUCGAAUCCUCCUGGAUCCACCAUUAAUAUAAGUACACGUAUAUACUUCUAUUAUAUUAAAUAUAAGCUGUGCAAUCUUAAAGUCUUAAAAUUUUAUAUCGAUUAAUAUAGUUACCGAGCUAAUAUUAAGAUUAUUUUUUGAAAAUAUAUUAUAUUCAAUAUAAUAUAGUUAAUACUAACAAAAGUGUAGUGAUCAAUACAUUUAAAAUGUAUGAAUGUAUUUUACCUAAAUAAGUAUAGGUAUUAGGUAUAUGUUAUGCAGGCCACAGAGUGAAUAAUUAAAUGUGCUCAAUCCAAUUUAAUGGUUGAAUUUUGCACGUAUUCAAAUUCUAAUUUUUAGAAUUUUUAAUCAUCUAAGUAUUUGAAAAUAUUGGCUAUUGGGUUCCAUUUGAUCCAUAGUACUUUUCUUUUUUGAAUUUCAGAUAUGAAAGGAUCCAUUUUUUUAUGUACAAAAAAUACAAAUUUUAUAAAAAUGUAAUUAUAUUAUAAAUUAUUUGUAAGUAUAUUUAAUUCUAUUCACGAAAAAUUUGGUCUUACCCGGACAACGUUGCGUUGAAAAAUAGAGCAUGUUCUAUCGUACAUCGUUCAUCAUAUGAAUACUAUACCAGUGAGGACGUAUAUUCGUACUUUGCAGCAGUUUGUUUUAUUUACGUGCACGCAUCGCCUACAACGCACACAACGCACAGAUUCAGUUAGGACUUGGCGUUAAAAAUUCUGAAAUUCAGUGAGUAUGCUUAAUGAAUCACUCUGGAUAUUAUUUGAAAAUAAUGUCAUAUUCCCUCAUAAUAUUAACAGUCAAAAACUAAAAUUGUAUUUUAGAUACCUAUCUGCAUUUUCUUGUCUACACUCUACAUCAUAGUUUAGCGAAUCCGUUGACUCCAAAAACUGCACACUUGUGAUAAAAUUUAGGCCAAAACCGCACACUUUUAGUAGGUUAAAACUGCACACAUUUAUUUGGUGAAAACCGCACACUUUUUUAAAAUUGUUGUAUCCAAAAACCACACAACUCAUAAUGGUAUAUAAUGGAUUAUUUAUUAUUUAUAUAUGUAUUAAAAACAAAUUGUUUAGAUAUAAUUUAUAUAGGUAUUGCAAAAUGUAUCAGAUAUGAAACCACUAAAAACCACAGGCAUAUCAAGUUAUGUUUACGCACAUUUCAAUGGAUAACUGUACUGGAAAAAUAUUUAAUAUUAAUUGGACAGUUUACCAUAAAUUUAUUAUAAGUUUAGUUGAAAUAUGUAUAGCUAACGAUUAAUGGUUCGAGCAUAUCAAUCUACAAGAUGUAAGCAUUUGUAUGUAACAGAUUAAUUUAAAAUUAUAUAUACAACAUGUGUAUAUAUACAAGACGUGCGAUUUUACCCACUAUAAGUGUGCGAUAUUCAGCCUAACUAAUAUAGCGUGCGGUUUUUGUCUAUUGACCUUUAUGGAGUUGAAAUCAUAUUUGUGCGAUUUUGAGAUGCAAUCAGCGACGUUAGACGGUAAUAUUAAUCAUACUAUGAGAUAAUGUAGAUACACCUAAUUAAAUAGACAUAUAAUAUAAAUAAACGGACAUUUAAUGUGCAUUUAUCGAACGCAUAAUAUUUUAUUUAUUUAAAGCAUUCGAAAAGUUGUACUUCAAAACUUGUAGACUUCAUUUUUUUCCAUUAGAUGCCUAGCUAUAUGGAAUAUAGGUAAUAAAACUUGUCAUAAGGUUACGUAACAGAAUAUAUUGCUAUAAUAUUACGCUAUACAUUCACGCAGUUUUACUACCUGUAUCAUAAAAUAAAAUAAAUAAUGUAAUUAUAUAAAAUAUACGAAUUGUUCGUACAUUUAAGUAUUAUAUUAUUGGCAAUUUAUUUGCUCGUAAAAAUGUUAUAACUACAACUUUUUCUUAUCAUGUGAAAAGUUGUGUAAAUAGAGUAGUUUAAGAUUCUAAGUCGAGCGAAGAAGCUUUUUUUUCUGUGGACAACUUUUCUACCAGAGUUCUUGCUAAGAUUAGCACCUUUUCUGAAAGGAAAUCGAUGUGUACAAAAUAAACGAAAUAUAUUACUAAAAUAUAACGAUUUUUCUUGUCUGUAGACAACUUUUCUACCAGCAAUUUUGCUCCAAUUUAUAAUGAUAGCAAUGUUUCUAAAAGUAAAUUUAACUGGGGAAGUACUUUAAAAAGUCUUUUUUCAAUUUUCUUAGGAGUUUUCCCAGUAAUUGUGAAAAACCGGGAAAAACGGGAAAAUCUGUACAUACAACAAAUACUAUUAAAGAAAAUGUAUAGUACCUAUUUAAUUGCUUUACCAUAAUAUGAUAUACAUAUAUUGUUGACAAAGCAUCACUAUCAACUGAACUCCAUUCAAAAUUGUUUUUUUUUUUUUGUUAGCAAUGGUUUAUUGUUGCUUACAGGUAUACAUUAAAUUACUUAUAACAAUGGCUACACCCGACCCCAUUAUCCUAGGACGUCUUUUCGUUCACGAAUCUUAUUCGCAUGAGCUGAAGAAUAGGGCCCCUGCUCGAAAACGUGUUUAUACUUACGGAAAAAAAAUCAUAUUGGCUACAAAUAACUCGCGGCCCUUAAUUUGUUUAAAAUAUUAUCAUGUACGGCUUGAAAGAAAAGGCGGACAUCAUCGGCAACGCGAUAUUUCGUUGUUAUUAAAAUAACACUAGAUAAAUUCUAUUGCUCCUACGCAUUAAUUCCGAUCGGUUGUUGGGAAAACGGUGAAAGGAACUCCGACAAAAAAUAUUUCAUAUUCCUACAGAAGAAACUUCUUGAAACAUCAUCGUCAUGUCAGUUGCGGAUUACCGAAACGAAUUUACCAACAUGACAGAAGUGGCCAAAACAAUGAUACCACUCAUGCGAGACAUGGAUGGUAAUUAUUGUUAAUUUAUAAAUUUAUAAUGACGGGAACACGAUUUAUCAGAAUUGAGCAUCAACUACGCGCGGAUUAGAUUUAAAAAAAAUUCAUACGAUUUCAAUACAUACUCGUCAUGUCGGUUUUUCCUUUUCGUUGCAGACCGAGCGAUUUGCGAGAAAUGGAUAGCCCGUGCGAAAUCGCUACAGGGCAAAGACGUAAACGUGCUCAGGCACCGGAAUAAUUUUAUGAAGUAUUUCCUGGGACUCAUGAGGCAAACGAUCGCCGAAACGGGACAGUCUCCGGGUUGUUGCGCGUGGGACGUGAGUAAAAUAAAAAAUCACCGCGAACAUUAACCUUAAAAUUCGUUUUCGUACACAGAGACCCGAACCCGGUGUUUUCGACAAACAGAUACCGCCGCCAAAACCGUUGCCAUACCAGUGCCACUGGACACCCGACAAGCGGACCUAUGUGGCCAUACAACCGUUGCCCAACCGCGGGGCUAUGGUGUACAUGGCCGUGGCCGAAAAACCAGAACUUGGAUGGGAUUUCCCCUCGAAAGACUAA